AGUUACACCCACACUCUUAGGCUGAGUGUCGACGGAUUCGCAUGCGCUUUAUCAUUCCUUUCAUAUCCUCAUCCAUUUCCUCUGGUCACAAUCGUGUCGCCUCACGCCUCUUAAACUCCCUCUCAGCCAAUUCCCAACGCUCAACCGUACCAUCCUUUUUCAAUUGUCAGCCGCCACCCAUGGCCGCAUCAGAGGAAUCGCUCCGCAAAGCUCUGGUCGAGAAGCUAUCAGCUGUGGAAGCUCAGGGCAACGCUGUCAGAGCUCUCAAAGCUGCCAAGGCCUCCAAGCCGGAAAUCGACGCUGCAAUCGGAGCGUUGAACAACUUGAAGCUUGAGAAAUCGUCGAUCGAGAAGCAGCUCCAGGCUGCUGUUAGUGGUGGCGAUGGUGAUGGUGCUCUUAGCAGGGAAGCCUUCCGUCAGGCAGCUGUAAAUACUUUGGAACGGCGUUUGUUUUACAUCCCGUCUUUCAAGAUUUAUCGGGGAGUUGCUGGGCUUUAUGACUACGGGCCGCCGGGUUGCGCCGUUAAAUCCAACGUUCUUGCCUUCUGGCGUCAGCACUUUGUCCUUGAAGAGAACAUGUUGGAGGUUGACUGUCCCUGUGUGACACCUGAGAUUGUCCUAAAGGCAUCUGGUCAUGUUGAAAAAUUUACUGACCUUAUGGUUAAGGAUGAAAAGACUGGAACCUGCUAUCGAGCUGAUCACUUGCUGAAGGACUUUUGCAAUGAGAAGCUUCAAAAAGAACUCACCAUCAGUGCAGAGAAGGCUGCUGAGCUUAAGCAUGUACUUGCUACGUUGGAUGAUCUGUCGCCUGAAGCUCUGGGUGCAAAGAUCAAGGAGUAUGGUAUUACUGCUCCGGACACUAAAGACCCUCUAUCCGAUCCAUAUCCGUUCAACUUAAUGUUCCAAACAUCAAUUGGUCCAUCUGGUUUGAGCCCUGGGUAUAUGCGUCCUGAAACAGCACAAGGAAUAUUUGUGAAUUUUAAAGAUUUGUACUAUUACAAUGGGAACAAGCUUCCCUUUGCUGCAGCCCAAAUUGGUCAAGCUUUCCGAAAUGAGAUAUCCCCUCGCCAAGGGCUUUUGAGGGUUCGAGAAUUCACUCUAGCAGAGAUUGAGCACUUUGUUGAUCCUGAAGAUAAAUCUCAUCCAAAAUACCCAGAAGUUGCGGACUUGGAGUUCCUGAUGUUCCCAAGAGAAGAGCAAAUGUCUGGACAAUCUGCAAAGAAAAUCUGUCUCGGUGAUGCUGUUUCAAAGGGAAUUGUCAACAAUGAAACCCUUGGCUACUUUAUUGGCAGAGUUUAUCUUUUCCUAACUCGUCUUGGUAUAGACAAAGACCGUUUACAGUUCAGGCAGCAUCUUGCCAAUGAAAUGGCCCAUUAUGCUGCAGAUUGUUGGGAUGCUGAGAUCGAAUGCUCGUAUGGCUGGGUUGAAUGUGUUGGUAUUGCUGACAGGUCUGCUUAUGACUUGCGUGCUCACUCGGAGAAAAGUGGCGUCCCGCUUGUGGCUGCUGAGAAGUUUUCAGAACCUAGAGAAGUGGAGAAACUGGUUAUAGCUCCUGUGAAGAAAGAACUGGGCCUUGCAUUCAAGGGAAACCAAAAGAAUGUUGUCGAAGCUUUGGAGGCAAUGAAUGAAAAAGAAGCUCUGGAAAUGAAGGCUGCUUUGGAAUCCAAAGGGGAGGUGGAAUUCUAUGUCUGCACUCUUGGGGAAAAUGUGCCCAUCAAAAAGAAUAUGGUCUCAAUUUCUAAGGAGAAAAGGAAAGAACACCAGAGAGUUUUUACACCAUCUGUGAUUGAACCAUCCUUUGGAAUUGGGCGGAUAAUUUAUUGCCUUUUCGAGCACUGUUUCUACACAAGGCCAAGCAAAGCUGGAGAUGAGCAGUUGAAUGUUUUCCGGUUUCCUCCUCUAGUGGCACCUAUUAAAUGUACUGUAUUUCCACUGGUUCAAAAUCAACAGUAUGAGGAUGUUGCAAAAGUUAUUUCGAAAUCAUUGACGGCUGCUGGAAUCUCGCAUAAGAUAGACAUUACAGGUACCUCAAUUGGUAAAAGGUAUGCUAGAACAGAUGAACUCGGUGUUCCGUUUGCCAUUACUGUCGAUUCAACAGCAGAUGUGACAAUCCGGGAGAGAGACAGCAAGCUCCAAGUGCGUGUUAGCGUGGAAGAGGCUGCCUCGAUCGUUAAGUCCGUGACCGAUGGGCACAGAACAUGGGAGGAUGUGUGGGAAAAGUUUCCCCAUCACACCUCUGGGUCAGCGGAUGAUUAAGUGAUUCGAGAUUCGAAAUUCGAGCUUGCAUUUGUGACAUAAUAACACAAUAUCCGAGUUGGGAGUAGUAAAAGUUUUCAUGGUAAUUUUGAUGGAGAUUACCGUAUUAAAAGAAAAAUCUGAAUUUAACAUUCUGUA